AUGACGCCAAACAUGCCUCAAACCGGAGAAAGAAGAAAAAAAAGAAACAACCUUAGCCGCUUAAACUUGAAUCUAUGUUUUUCAUAUCCCAUGCAACCGUUUACACCACAAUCUUCCCUUACAAGCCCCACCGCCACUUCCUCAACCGCUGAUCAAAAUCAAAACCCUCCAUCACCACCCGCCACGUCACCAUCCCCGAUCAAAAACUUCAACUACGAUCCUACUAUCCCAUUCCUGAACCUCGGACCCCAACCCGAACCUGCUGACCUGGCCUCUGCCUUCGCCUCCCAACGCUUCUUCUUCACCUGCCCCGGCCGCUCCAACUCCAUCGUCGAAUCCACCAUCACCGACGCCUAUUGCACCACCUCCUCAUCCUCGCCAGAAAAACCCGUCGCUUCCGUCGACGAGAAGGCGAAAGCUGCGCUCGACGGCAGCGUUGCGGUGACGACGUACUCUCCGGACCCCUACGCAGACUUCCGGCGCUCCAUGGAGGAGAUGGUGGCGGCGCGUCCCGAGUUGAUGGACGUGGCGGCCAAUUGGAAAGCGCUGCACGAGCUUCUUCUCUGCUACCUCGCGCUCAACCCGAAGAGCACACACAAGUUCAUCCUCUGCGCUUUUUCUGAUCUUCUCCUCAGCCUCAUCUCGCUCUCUUCCCCGCCGCCGCAGGAUCUUAGUGCCGGCGACGUUGCCGUCGGCGGUGGUGGAUGUUCGAAUUCGUUACAGUAA